CGCCACCGCCGCCGCCACUCACCCAGACGCGCCCACGCGCCCGGCUUCCUCGCCGGCGCCGCGUCCCCCGCCUCGUCGGGGCCUCGGGACCAAAACCUCUUAAAAGCGCCUGUCGCCAUCCUCUUCCGGCUGGGCGUCAGUGCUCCGGAGAGAAACGCCAGGGUGGGAUGCGGUGACGUCUCUGCGCGACCAUGGCAGCGGCAGACCAGCUGGUCUUCCGCGAGUUCGAGGAAGCCACAAUUGUGCUGGCUGAGCCCACAGAUGAGGUGGUCAGUGGCCCCAGCGUCCUCCUGGCCCCCCAGGGGCACGUGACUGUCACUGUGGACUCGGGAGGUGGCAGCUAUGGAGUUGAGGACGAGGAAGGCGACAAGGUGGCGCUCCUGCAGGAGGAGAAGCCUGAGGCGGGAUUCUGGACCUUUGACUUCUAUCAGAGCUUCUUUGACGUGGACACCUCGCAGGUUCUGGACCGCAUCAAAGGCUCCUUGCUGCCCUGGCCUGGCCAGAACUUCGUGCGUCACCGGCUGCGGAAUCGGCCCGACCUGUAUGGCCCCUUCUGGAUUUGUGCCACCCUGGCCUUUGUCCUGGCGGCCAGCGGGAACCUGACCCUGGUGCUGGCGCAGCGCAGGGAUCCCAGCAUCCACUACAGCCCCCAGUUCCACAAAGUGACCGUGGCCGGCGUGACCAUCUAUUGCUAUGCAUGGCUGGUGCCGCUGGCGCUGUGGGGCGUCCUGCGCUGGCGUCAGGGCGUGCAGGAGCGCAUGGGGGGCUACACCUUCCUGGAGACUGUCUGCCUCUACAGCUACUCGCUCUCGGCCUUCGUGCCCACUGUGGUGCUGUGGCUCAUCCCGGUGCCAUGGCUGCAGUGGCUCUUUGGGGCGCUGGCGCUGGCGCUGUCUACGGCGGGCCUGGUCUUCACGCUCUGGCCCGUGGUGCGCGAGGACACGCGCCUGGCAGCCGCGCUGCUCCUGACCUCAGUCAUACUCCUGCAUACGCUGCUGGCCGUGGGCUGCAAGUAUUACUUCUUCGAGCCGCUGCCCCCGGAGCAGAAGGCCAUGCCCUCCGCUGUGCCCUCCGCAGCGCAGCUGCCAACCAUUCUGCCGACACCCCAUGGCAUCUAGGGGUCCCCGGUCUCACAGGCCUGCCUGCCCCACCCCCCGCCUACCUCGUGGUGACCCCGCUGCUUGUGAUCACUCCGCUACUCUCCAGACACUGUCCAGACGCUUCUUACAAAGCAAACACUUUUAUUUCCUAUGCAAAGGUGAUUCAGAGACUUUGUAUAAAGGCGGACUGAAGUGGGGAGGGAGGGACAAGGCAGCCGAGCUUCGGGGCCACCCCAGCGCCCUUCGGCCGCCAAGCCUGAGCUCCACCACCUCCGAGUCUGGGGAUUAAAAACGAGGGCCAUGGUGGGGGAAGCAGAAGAAAAUUGCCUGUGCUGAAACAUACAUCUCCUUGUUUAUUGGGGGCGAGGGGACAGGAGCCCCGCCAGCCCCUUCCGGCAGGUGCCGAGAGGGCGCCCUUCCAGGCCACGUCAAUGAGGUUUGUGCCGGCCCAGCGGCCAGUGACCUUCCCUCCAGCUGGCCCUGGUCUCGCUCGUGGGGGGGACCUGCGGGGCUCAGGGGCAGGACAGCAGCAAGGCGCUGGGGCUGAGGGGCCUUCCCGACAGCUGGGUGGUUGUACAUUCAAGUGUGAGGUGAACCCUUUGGUGGGGGGGCCCGGGGGGCUCCAGAGGCCCCGCCCCCAGCCUGGCAGGGCACCCCCCCUUCCCCAUGGAGCCUCUGGAGGAUGGUGGGGAGGGGGGGCUGCUGGCUCGGCCCGGCCGGCCGGGUUCUCAGAGGGUCUGUGGAUUGACACUGGUUCUUUGUCGUAAAAAAAUAAAAUUAAAAAAAGCA